CCCGGGGCUUCGAGGCGGGCGGGCGGGCGGGGGCGGAGGCGGAGGAGUUUCUGCCGGAGCGGGGACCGGGCGGCCCGAGUCCGCAGGGAUGAACCUCGAAUUGCUGGAGUCCUUUGGACAGAACUAUCCAGAGGAAGCUGAUGGAACUUUGGAUUGUAUCAGCAUGGCCCUGACUUGCACCUUUAACAGGUGGGGCACCCUCCUUGCUGUCGGCUGCAAUGAUGGCCGCAUUGUCAUCUGGGAUUUCUUGACCAGAGGCAUUGCGAAAAUAAUAAGUGCACACAUCCAUCCAGUCUGUUCAUUAUGCUGGAGUCGAGAUGGUCAUAAGCUCGUGAGUGCUUCAACCGAUAACAUAGUGUCACAAUGGGAUGUUCUUUCAGGCGACUGCGACCAGAGGUUUCGAUUUCCUUCACCCAUCUUGAAAGUCCAGUAUCACCCACGAGACCAGAACAAGGUUCUCGUGUGUCCCAUGAAAUCUGCUCCUGUCAUGUUGACCCUUUCAGAUUCCAAACACGUUGUUCUGCCGGUAGACGAUGACUCGGAUUUGAACGUGGUGGCAUCUUUUGAUAGGCGAGGGGAAUAUAUCUAUACAGGAAAUGCAAAAGGCAAGAUUUUGGUCCUAAAAACAGAUUCUCAGGAUCUUGUUGCUUCCUUCAGAGUAACAACUGGGACAAGCAAUACCACGGCCAUUAAGUCAAUUGAGUUUGCCCGGAAGGGGAGUUGCUUUUUAAUUAACACAGCUGAUCGGAUUAUUAGAGUUUAUGACGGCAGAGAAAUCUUAACCUGUGGAAGAGAUGGAGAGCCUGAACCCAUGCAGAAAUUGCAGGACUUGGUGAAUAGGACCCCAUGGAAGAAAUGUUGCUUCUCUGGGGAUGGAGAGUACAUAGUGGCAGGCUCUGCCCGACAGCAUGCCCUCUACAUCUGGGAGAAGAGCAUUGGCAACCUGGUGAAGAUUCUCCAUGGGACAAGGGGAGAACUCCUUCUGGAUGUAGCUUGGCAUCCUGUUCGACCUAUCAUAGCAUCCAUCUCUAGUGGCGUGGUGUCCAUCUGGGCCCAAAAUCAAGUAGAAAAUUGGAGUGCAUUCGCACCAGAUUUCAAAGAGCUGGAUGAAAAUGUCGAAUAUGAGGAAAGAGAAUCAGAGUUUGACAUUGAAGAUGAAGAUAAGAGUGAACCUGAGCAGACAGGAGCCGAUGCCGCAGAGGAUGAGGAAGUCGAUGUCACCAGUGUGGACCCCAUCGCUGCCUUCUGCAGCAGUGAUGAAGAGCUGGAAGAUUCAAAGGCUCUGUUGUAUUUACCCAUUGCCCCUGAGGUAGAAGACCCAGAAGAAAAUCCUUACGGCCCCCCACCAGACGCAGUGCAAACCACCCUGCUGGACGAAGGGGCUAAUUCAGAGAAGAAGCGGCAGUCCUCAGCCGAUGGCUCCCAGCCACCCAAGAAGAAACCUAAAACCACCAAUAUAGAGCUGCAAGGAGUACCCAAUGAUGAAGUCCAUCCACUACUGGGUGUGAAGGGGGAUGGCAAAUCCAAGAAGAAGCAAGCAGGCCGGCCUAAAGGAUCAAAAGGUAAAGAGAAAGAUUCUCCAUUUAAACCGAAACUCUACAAAGGGGACAGAGGUUUACCUCUGGAAGGACCAACGAAGGGUAAAGUGCAGGCGCCCCUCAGCCAGCCCUUGGCAGCAGGAGGAGCGAUCUCAGAACUGUUAUGAAGGCUUGCCAGCUCUUCGCUCUUGCCCAUGCUGCCAUCAGGUGGCCUCCAGACAGUGUGUUCAGCCAUUCAAGAUAGACUUUAACUUAAAACCGUCUCCGCUUCCCAGCCAGGAGGUGGAAGGAGUGAAGUUUAUGUUUGAAUGAAGAAGUGAACUAUGGAAGAAGAGCGUAUGUCCCUUUCCCUUCCAAGCAUAAGUCCAAAUCGGCUCUCAGGAAUGAGGAUUCAUGAAGACAUCCUAUAGGAGAUUUGGCUCUCUCCACCUUUAACCCUUGGUUGUGGUGCUGGAAAAAAGAUGCCUGUGGUGUGUCCUCCAGCUGCAUUGCACCGGCAUCACUCACGUUGAUGUGUCAUUCCUGUCUCCUGUUUGCCUUUGCCCUCAGUGCAUGUCCUUGAGUGACUAGUCCUAACCCUAGGAAAACUUCCUUCAUUUUUAAAACUUCUCCUUUCCCACAUGCCGCCUGUAUUUCCAUGCUGUGUACAAAGGUUGGGCAGAAAAGAAAGUGCUUGAAAAGAUUUCAAAUGUGCAGGAAAGGAAGGACGAUACAAAGGCCUUCUUCCUGUCAUAGUGCAUUUUGUCCAAAAAGUUGGGCUCUAAGAGAUUCAGGGUUUUUCCUUGUAUUGCAUGUUUUCUUCCAGUAUUGGUUCAAUCUCAUUAAUAAUCAUGGUUUUCGAAGAUAGCUAGCUUUAUCCAUUUCCAGCAAAAAAACAAAUCAUCAGUAGUUUACCUGUGCUGGCUUCCAGUGUUGGAAACAAACCAAGAUGUUUCUCCACAGCUUUUUUGUGGGGGUGGGGGCACUUGUGCAGGGACUGAAGUGAAACCCCCAAAAUCAAAGCAAAAGCAACUCCAUUCAAAAUAAAGAUCAAGGGACAUUGUUGUAUCAUUGCCUGUGAAAACCUGUCCCUGUCAGCCAUUUUUCCCUUCCCAUAGCCAUGCCCUUCUAAUUUUUUAACUAUGUUUUCAGUCACUUCCUUUCUGUGAAAGGUUGCUAGCUUUCCCUCCCUCCCUCCCUUCCUUUCUUCCUUCCUUCCUUCCUUUUACUGUUCUUUAAAUAAAAAGCAGAUCGGAUGGAUGUGUACAUUAAGUGUUUGAAAUUUUCUGAAAAUCCAGUCAGGAAACCAGGUGUGGAAAGGGCUUAGUAACCUUCCUUUGAGUAGCGUUUUAAGCUGACCAGAAGUGCUUGCUUACCCUGGAUCAUAUUUUCAAAGGGGAGUUUGAAUACUACACUAAUUGUGAAAUCUGUCAGUUGGUGGAUGCUCCUUUAGCAGCCAGACACAUUGAUCACCUUUCAAAUUACAGGGUAGAAAUCAAAGGGCACACCAGUGAGAGCUUCUUUCUCCCAGCCCAUCUUUUAGAGCAACAGAUAGAUAUUUUUUAAAUUUUUAAAAAAGAUUUUUUCCCCCAGAAGUAGGAGAGAGAGCUCUGCCCAAGUCAGUUGCAAAAUGUCUAUUGUUAGUUGCCCCUGCCCCUUCCCCAAGUGCUCAUUUUUGUGAAUUUAUGUGAGUUGGACAAUGGUUGAGAGAGGGAGGUGGCACACAGGACCUGUUUUUGCCUUGCAGACAUCUGUCUGCCCCAGUUCUCUGGGCUGCACACUGCAGUAGUGUGCAAACGAUGAUACAGAGGGUUCUGCCUUCUAUCCAUGUGUGAAGCAACUCGGUCUUCUCCGUGCAUGGGCCUCCUCUGUGCACGCACUACGUUGUCUGUCAGCUCCCCAGCUGACUCCUGAGGAUGGCCUCAAGCCUCCAUCCGCAUUGCCUUUAGCAGCAACUCCUAAUAAUGACUUAGGAUUUUAGAAGUUUUUUUCUUUUUCUUUUCUUUCUUUUUUCCUUCCUGCUCCUCUCAGCUCUCCUCACUUGUUUGAAUUUCUUGAUUUGUAUAAAUGUAUAUUCUCUUUUCCCUCUUGUCAUCUUUCCUCCACCCACUGUUUUUGCUUUUUAAAAUGUUCUGUAGUUUUGUACAAGAUGAGACUUAGCCUUGGGUAUUUCUUGCUAAGCUUUAAUGCUUUGUAAAUAAAAUUGAAUGUUUAUUAAA